UAGUUUGGCGCAUUGUUCCGACUUUGCGAUGAUGAACUUAGACCAGCGUUGGGACAUUGUAAAGGAAUACAGGCUGUGCCGGAAAUGUUUGCGUAGCCACGAUACCAUUUGUCCUGAACGAAGGUUAUGUGGCAAAAAUGGUUGCGGACUGUCGCACCAUAAUCUUCUACACCGCGAAAGACCGUUGAGAGACACUACGCCACUGACAGCCCAGGCAGAGUCGCUGAAUGCGCACAACUCAGCGAAUGAUGGUGUACUAUUUCAGUACAUCCCUAUCGUCAUUCACGGUAAUGGAAACACUGUGGAAACCGUUGCAUUUUUUGAUAGCGGAUCGUCAGGAACCUUUGUGGAUGAAGAGCUAGUUGCGGAAUUGGGGUUGAAGGGAAAUCCUCGUCCGUUGUGUAUCCGCUGGACUGGAGAGACGGAGAAGAACGAGAAGGAAUCAGUUCAGCUCGCGUUGAAGGUCAGUGGAAGUGGAAAUGAUGGAAAGGCGUUCAUGCUCACGAAGGUACACUCGAUUCGUCAUCUCGCACUACCACGUCAAUCCAUAUCUGGAGAACAAUUGAAAAAGAGGCAUGAACAUCUAAAGAACCUCCCUCUUACUUCGUACACCGAUGCAACUCCCCGCUUGACCAUCGGAAUCGACAAUUGUCAUCUGAUGAAACCACUUCGAUACGUGGAGGGUAAAACGCACGAACCAGCUGCCGUAAAGACCCAGCUAGGAUGGAUAGUUUUUGACUCGUGCGCUAACUUUUCUGUUCCUCAAAAUCAUUAUAAUUACCACAUCUGCAUGUAUGAAAUGAAUAAUGAACCAGCUCUGGACACAGCGAACAGAGACCUUUUCUCACCCGAAUCCCUAGGCAUGCUGAAGACACCCGCUAAUCUGCUGUCGAAAAAUGAUGAAAAAGCCAUGAUCAUGGUCACCGACGGGACCAAGAUGUGGAAAGAUCCUAUUCUUGCUGGCUCCAUUUGCGAAAAAAUGCAAGAUUACGAGGACAGAGGCUACAUCCGACGACUUCAGCCAGGCGAAAUCUCCGCACAAGGAACAAUAGACCCCGAACUAUCGAUAGGUGAAUCUCGCGAUGAUCCCCCGACACUGAAAAUGACAUGGAAGACCUCCCAGCUACUCGCCCAAAUGCUUUGGAAGAAAUGGAUAUCGGACUACCUGCCUGCGAUAACGCGAAGAGGGAAGAUGAUACACAUGGUUAAACCUAACGCUGUAGGUGGCAUCGUUAUCAUCGUCGAUUCGAUCAUGGCCAGAAACUCUUGGCCCAAGGGACGCGUAGUAGAAGUUAUUGCCGCAAAGGAUGGGCAAGUUAGACAAGCGACCGUACAAACUUCGCAAGGCUUGAUACGAAGACCGGCAACAAAAAUAGCGGUGUUAGACGUGAAGAGUUCUGCGCCGAAUUAAAACGCAUCAUUUAAAGUAUAGGAAAUAGUAGUAGGAAAAGAGCAAUGCUUGUGCAGCGGCUAGCAGUUUGAGACGGAGUACAAAUGCGAGAUUUACACUGGGGGGGAGAAAUGUCAAAUUAUUUGACUGCAACAAACUGCAAUAUUAGCAUGGAUGAGCCAACCCGAUCUAGCAGCGUUACGACAGGCAC